AUGGCUGCCGGCCUUGGGCAACUCGAGGCUAAUCAAGUAGGCCCGUUUUCGAAAUUACAGAAGUCCGGCGAGACCUAAAGUCCUGCCCGAUAAGGUCUUGAGGCCCGGCGGCCAUCUCUGCAAUUUCGAGGCUCAAUGUUGUAAAAAGGAGACAACUCUUUGACGAAAUUAAUGCAUCCCAAAUGCAGAUUAGAACAGGCAAAGCUGUGAAAAAUUUUGAGAAAUUAAGUUCGAUUUUUGAGGUUUUUGAAACUCUCAACUAAAUGAAGAGCCAAAUCGAAGAAUUUAUUGGUGAAACUUAUAAGAUGUGACUGUCAAACAGGGCAUUAUUCAAUUUUCGUCCUAACCUUGAGGUUGAGAUCAUGCCAAACUUGACGACCGAGUUUGAGUUCCUUGGAACCCAAACUUGUUCAUGAUCUCGACCUCAAGAUUAAGACGAAAAUCGAAUAAUGCCCUGUUUGACAGCCGUACCUUAUAAAUUUCACUAACAAAUCCCCGAAUUUGGACCUUCAUUUAGUCGACAGAGUCAAACGGCCUCAAAACUCGACCUCGAUUUCUCAAACUUUCCCACAGCUUUGCCUAUUCUAAUCUGCAUUCGGAGGGCUUUAAUUCCGUCAAAGCGUGGUCUCUCCCGUCUAAAACAUUGAGCCUCAUAACGGCUGCUCCACUCACGGUUUCAGGCUCGCCAUUGUUCCUUGGAACGUACAAAACCCCGCGGUGAGGAGCGACGGAAUAAUAUCAGGGCAGGCGGGCAGGAGGAGGAAAGGACGAAGGGGCCCGAAACGCAGCGAGGGCGAGAGACCUCCGAUUUUUGGGAUUGAAUUUGAGAGAAAAAAGGGGAGCCGCCCCGCCCCGCAGAGACGCCGCCGCCUGCGGAGGGCGGGCAGAGAAGCCGCGGUUCCGACUGGUCGAUGGCGGGUCUUUCGACGUGCUUUCACCUCGCUUCCGACUGCUUUUUCGCCCGAAAUUUUCUCGCCACCUAAAAAUUCGGAAUUUCCCCAUCCAGAAUUCGUGCGUGGCACUCGUCGAAAGGCCCGAAUCGACCGGUGAACCCGUCUAUUCGGUCGACUCUACGAGAAUAUUUGUGGACAAGGUCGAUUCUCUCCGUAAACUAAUAUUCCACUAGGACUUUUCUUAUUUUAUUGCCUACUACAAUAUCGACUGAAUUUUCGGUCCACCUACUACCUAAAAUACGACUGGCCGACUCUCUCACAAGUCAUAGAGCUUCGAAUCUUAUAUUAUACUACUCUUAAAUCUCUCGAGAAUUUUCUGAUAUUCCCCUUAUCUACUACAACAUCGUAACGCUCUAGGAAUCGGUGUUGGACGCCAAAUUGGUCGAUAAACAGAAUUUCGGUGAGUCCUACGCAACCGAAAACAAUAUUUUUCUCUCCGAGAAACCGUCGAUUUUUUCUUGCGCGGAUUUUUUUUUGGCAUUCUCCAUCAAAAACCUCGGAAAUUUCUGUCAAUUUUUUUGGUCGAAAACCCCCUUUGUCUUCCACCUAUUUGCUGCCCAAUUUACUGGUCGAUGAUUGUCCUACCCCGGUUGCAGAAGAUUCCGCCAUCAACACCAAAAAUGCCGGCGAUUUCGGAGAAGGUUGUGGCCCGGUCGGGCCAGAAAAUGAGGACGAAAACACAUUUGCCCUUCAUCAAGGCCUAUUAUGAUCCGCAUCCCACGAAGCCAAUCACAUUCGUAUGCAGAUUCUGUGGAGUGACCUACAGUGGAGGGCAUUCCUUCCGAAUGCUCGCACAUUUAUUGCCGCCCAACCAUCCGUAUGGGAAAGUAAGUUGUUUUCUAGUUUUUUUUUGUUGGUUUUUAGAUAACAGAAAGUGUAGAAGAGACGAGUUUUGUUUGCAUUCUGUGUAAACUUGUUAUUCUCGGAGAGUUUAUUCGAUUUAAAAGGGUUUUCUGGCGGUUUUUGGGACUUGCUUUGUUUGGUAUCUAAAAUAAUAUAAUUUUUUCGAAAUCUGCGUUUUCUUUUGCAUGAAAUUAUUGUCUUUACGUUUCCAGUAAUAGAAUGUGGGAUUCUGCGGGUGUUUAUUCAACUAGUUGAGACCAUUUCCUCCACGAAUCCCACACAAUUUUCUCAUUAUAUUACUUUCAGAAAAAGCCUUGCCAAAAAGUGGAUGCCAGAACCAGAAAUGAAGUUGUUGAUAACUGCCGGGUCUAUUUACAGGCUCGAGAAGCCAGUCGAGGGAUCUCCAACAGUCGGCUAUUCGAAGAUUACACCACAAAAACAGAAGAGCCAUCAACAAGUAAAUCUUUAUCGCUAGUACUCUCCGAAACAUUGUUAUCUACCGAAGACGCAGUUGAAGACGAAGAAGAAGAGGAGGAGGAGAAGAUGAUUAUCGAGGAAAAAGUUCCGUUAAAGAAGGAUAAGGCCGAAAAUGGAAACAAUUUUGAGCAGAAUGCCCUUCAAACUAUGUUGAGCAUGGUGUCAAACUUGAACAAAUCAAAUGAAAAGGCUGCUGAGAAGGCAAAAACUUUCUUGACAAUGGUAAGUGGAUUGUUAUUUUUUAUUUUAUUUUUUGGUUUAGGAUCAGCUUUCGAGCAGAAAUCGACUAUUUUUGUCUGGUGCAAUAUAAAUUUUUGCCUAGUACAAUAUAAAUUUUUGCCAAAUUUUUACCUAAAAUUUUCACAAAUCGUAUUCUAGGGUCUGGCCAGUGGAGAAAUUCCCUCGGAGCUCAUGGGGAGCGACUAUUUCUCAGCUUUUAUCCGAACAGUCUUCAAAGAUUUCUCCCUUCCGAGCAAGUCGGAAAUCCGUUCUGGCGGUUUUAUCCAAUCCGAAUAUCAAAAAGGCUUAGAAGAGAUCAAGAGCUUCAUAGAGCGAGCCAAAUAUCUCCAUGUUUCUCUGGAUUGUUGGAGCGAUAUUAACGGCGACUCCGUGGCCGGGAUCAUAGUUCAUACGCCAACCCCAUACUUGUACAAAAUCGUGGCCGCCACUGAAUCGGACUUUGAGAAGAAAGUGGUUACGGCUGUAAUACGGACUUUCAACGAGAUUGGAGUGGAGAGAGUGGUGUCUUUUAUCAACGAGAAUUCGGGGAUCAACACGGAAAAAAUUGUUCGAAAUUACCCAUGGAUUUUGUCGCCGCCAAUGUCCAUGUUCAAUUCACAGGAGAUGGAGGGGAUUUGUCAGGUAAGGAAGACAUUUUUUUGGAUUUUCAACCUUUAGAUCACUGUUUCUGAUGUUACUUUAGGCCAGAUUUUGAUAUUGGCCUGAAAAAUCAUACUGGUUUGUGGUUUCAGAACCUCCAAAGCUGUUUUCAAGUCCCUUCGGAGAUUGUGCAAGCCGGUGCCCUCGUCCAACUCCUCGAUCCCACCAGUAAUCCGGCGAAUUUCGCCGGCGAUCUUCGAGAAGAGACGUUCGCGUUCAUCCGCGAGAAAUACGGCGAACAUCCCGAAAUUGACGCCCGCGAAGUGCUGAAUCAUCUGGACAGCUGGGUGGCAAGAGAAGACACGUAUUCGUUGACGAGCAAAGCCAAUUCGGAAGCAUGGAGGCCCAAGACUUUCAAAGGAGACUAUAAUCCUCGAAAUUGGUGGAACACUUACUUUGAAGGCUCCCCACUGGCCAAUAUGUUCAACAUGUUGGUCGAUAUACCGCCGAAAUCGUUGACUGAUGAUCGGAAAUUUGAUUUGAGUAGUUAUGUGGCUAAGGAUUCGAGUGAACGGUGAGUUAUGGGCAGAUUUUGAUAUUAUACUAGACGUCAGAUGGAGGUUCUUGAAAAAUUGAUGAUUUUGAGGUAAAACUGGGUUGGUUUUGGUAGAAAAGGAUGAGUAAUGUCUGAGUUAUGAGCUGAGGAAGAUUUUAGGAUUGGUUUAGGUAUUUAAUUUGCCUAAAUUGACAUAAAAUAUUAAAAUUUUCAUGAAUUUCAGCGCUUUGACCGAUAUGAAGAUUUUUUUGAAAUACAACCACAUGCUCACAUUCCACAGACAAACCGCUCGCAAAACGGUCUUUUAA